UCCAUAUAUUGCCUUCAUAUUAUGAUACUCAACACUACUUCCCAAGAUGCUAAAGCAUAUAUCUUUAGCUGCAAGCCUUUACCUACCUUUCUCAUUUAUCACCACACUCAUCACUUUUUAUAGUUUCUAUCACCUCCUCAUCUCUUUCCUUCCUCUAAUUCCUGCUUCUUUUUCCUCCUCUCCUUCCCCCUCUUAUACGGCCAUAGCACUAUAUUGUUUCACAACGCAGGCGUAGAAGGGGGGCAAAGCACAGAAGAAGAAGAAAACAAAAGAAGAAGAAGAAGUAGGGAAGGAGCGGAGAGUAAUGAGCUCUAGUUCCUUUCUCUCUCUGCAGCCUGUCUUUGCCUCCAUAUUUAUUGCUCCGUGCGGGUGUUGAGGGGAUUUAAUAAGCCUCCCUUUUUUAUUUGAUUGUGAAAGAGAACAGGUGGUUGAGUGCGGAGUUUUAAAAGGUACUUCACACAGCUGGUAGGAGCAGGAGUGCUCAAUUAUCCCCACCACCUCCAAUGGAGAGGCUCCAAGGGCCCAUUAACCCCUUUUUGGCUGGAGAGGGGAGGAGCUCGGAGUGCUUGGAACUGGAAGUCUGGAGCCCGAGUUCUGGUCCUGAGACGAGCUACGGCAGCUUAAUUCCAGACCAUUACGGCCACAUGCCCUUCCUCCAGCUGCUCCAAAGCGCAAUGCAAGUGGAGGAGGAGACGGAAGAAGAGGAAGAGCAGCAACUCCACUUCCAAGUCGUCCAGCAACAGCAGCAGCACCACCACCACCAGCAAGAGCUCUUGGCCUCCUUCCCACCGGAAGCCAACUUCCAGCUCCUCCUCCGCCUCCAGAGCCACCAAGAUAAGAAAUGGACGGCCGAGAUCGACUCCGUCCGUGCCGCGGAGCAGCUGGAGAGCUGCGUCACCCACGCCUCCGAGUCCCAGUCCGACGCCAGAGGCGCCGAGGGCCACGAACCCGACCACCACGGCCAACUCUCCGCUGGAACCACCAGAUCUCCGGCGGCGGCGGGGACGAGGGAGCGGAAGAAGAGGAAGCGAUUGCGGGCGGCGGCGGCCUCGACGAAGAGCACGGAGGAGGCGGAGAGCCAGCGGAUGACCCACAUCGCCGUUGAGCGCAACCGCCGGCGACUCAUGAACGACCACCUCGCCGCCCUCCGCGCCGUCAUGCCCUCCUCCUUCGUCCAACGCGGAGACCAGGCCUCCAUCAUCGGUGGGGCCAUCGACUUCAUCAAGGAGCUCGAGCAGCUCCUCCUCUCCAUCCACGCCGAGAAGCGGCGGCGCACGUCCGCCGUCGUGUCCUCCACAUGCACCGCCAUCCGGAGAACCAGCAGCGAGGAGGACGCGUGCCCCGUGGCGUCGGCGCCGGCCUCGCUGGAGGGCUUCUUCAUCUCCCCUCAGUACACGAGCUACUCGCAGUCCCAACAGCAGCGCCGGCGGGUCAAGGAGGAGGAGGACGGCGAGGAGUCGCCGGAGGCGGUGGCGGAGGAGGUAGGGGUGGACGUGGAGGCGACGGUGGUGCAGGGACACGUGAAUCUGAAGGUGGCGGGGCGGCAACGGGAGGGGCAGCUGGUGCGGGCCAUCGCCGCCUUGGAGGAGCUCCGCCUCUCCGUCCUCCACCUCAACAUCACCUCCCUCGACCCCUCCUCUAUCCUCUACUCCCUUAACCUCAAAAUGGAGGAGGGGUGCAAGCUUGGAUCCGCGGACGAGAUAGCCACGGCGGUGCACCAGAUAUUCGGCUACAUCAACUCCUGCCGAUGACGCUGGGUCUUGUCAUGAUUUCAGAGAGAUGACAUGGGCCAAGAAAGGCAGUCCAAAGCUAUGCUAUUAUGCUGAUGCUGCACCGUGGAAGGGGAGAGUGGGGGGUUACAGCAAGGGAGCAGCGGGGGCAGCAGCUUUUUCCUUCUCUCCGGAGACCAGAGAAGUGAGAGAAUUUCUUGCUGUUUGGUUCCAUCUUUCGAGCUUUCAGUCCCUCUACUUUUGGCUUUUCUUUUCUUUUUGUUCUCUCUCUCUCUCUCUCUCUCUCUCUCUCUCUCUCUCUCUCUCUCGGAAGGAAAGGAUGCGCCUUUUGAGAUCGCUGGCGUUGAAUUGCUUCGUUCAUGAUUGCAGAUGAUGCUCGAGGCUAGCCUUCUAUGUGUUAUUCUAAUGUGUUUGGUUCCCUUUUUUUUCGGUCUUGUGUUUGGCUCCAUGGAUAAAGCGGCUGUAUGAGUUGCCCAUGAUGAGAGGUUCCUGACCGUUUGUUAAAAUUCCGUUUUAGCCAUUGAUUUAUUUAUGGAAUGGUGGACUUCCG